AGGAUCAGGGAGUAACACACCCAUGCUCAUUACUGCCCUCUGCUCCCUAACAGGAUGUGUGGCCAGUUCCUGAGGCAGCUGGUGGCUGAGGAGAGCAGGCACUCCACCUCCGUGGGGCGCCUUCUGCUCCCCGUGCUCCUGGGGUUCCGCCUCAUGCUGCUGGCCACCAGCGGGGCCGGGGUCUACGGCGAUGAGCAGAGUGAAUUCGUGUGUCACACCCAGGAGCCAGGCUGCAAGGCCGCCUGCUACGACACCUUCCGCCCUUUCUCCCCACUGCGCUUCUGGGCCUUCCAGGUCAUCUUGGUGGCCGUGCCCAGCGCCCUCUACGUGGGUCUCACUCUGUAUCAUGUUAUCUGGCUUUGGGAAGAGUCAGGAAAGGGGAAGAAGGAGGAGACUCUGAUCCCCCACGGGGAGGAGAGCAGAGAUGCCUCAGGCCCUGGAAGCCCCAGGCUGCUCUGGGCCUAUGUGGCACAGCUGGGGGUGCGACUGGUCCUUGAGGGGGCGGCCUUGGGGGUGCAGUACUAUGUGUAUGGGUUCAAGGUGCCCAGCUCUGUUGCAUGUCGCCGAGAGCCUUGCCUUGGUAGUAUAACCUGUUACCUGUCCCGCCCUUUUGAGAAGACUGUCUUCCUAAGGACCAUGUUUGGGGUCAGUGGGCUCUGUCUCUUGUUCACGCUUUUGGAACUUGUUCUCCUGGUCCUGGGGCGAUGGUGGAGGGCCCGGAAGCACAAAUCUCCCCCUUCUAACUACUUCCCAACUUCAGAGAGCACCAAAAGACACAAUGAACCGACUGAGAACUUCCCAGAGGUGGAGACCAAAGAGCCGUUCCGAGAAGCAGGGAACCCUGUGAUUGGAUCUUCUUCCGAACAUCCAGUGAGUGGGGAUUUACUUCCGACAAAUGAGAGGCUGUUGAAGCGUCUCUAA